AAUCCGAGCAAGCUGCAGCUCCGCCGCGACGAUACGUACAGGAAGUUCUCUCUCUCUCUCUCUCUCUCUCUCUCUCUCUCUCUCUCUCUCUCUCUCUCUCUGUUUUCUUAUUCGGAAAAACCAGAGAAACCAACCAAACACACCGACGGUGAGAACCGACAGCCACGGUGGCUCACUCCUGAGUAGGCCUGUGGAAAAUCAGCCAUUCAAUAAUUUAAAAAAAAUCCGAGUAGGCCUGUGGAAAAUCAGCUCAAUCAUAAACCUUUAGGUACAGCAUGAGGAAGAAGGUUGAUGAUCGCAUUAGGACGUUGAUUGAAAAUGGAGUAAAGACAAGGAAUCGGUCCAUGUUUGUCAUCAUUGGUGACAAAUCACGGGAUCAGAUUGUCAAUCUCCACUACAUGUUGAGUAAGGCAGUCAUUAAAUCUCGCCCGACCGUCUUAUGGUGUUACAAGGAGAAACUCGAACUAAGCAGCCACAAGAGAAAACGCACAAAGCAGGUCAAGAAGUUAAUGCAAAGGGGUCUUCUAGAUCCUGAAAAGGUUGAUCCAUUUUCAAUUUUCCUUGAAAGUGGGGCCAUAUCUUAUUGCUUGUACCGAGAAUCCGAUAGAAUCCUUGGAAACACAUAUGGCAUGUGCAUCUUACAGGACUUUGAGGCUUUGACACCUAAUAUCCUUGCAAGAACCAUUGAGACAGUGGAAGGUGGUGGUUUGGUCGUGUUGCUUCUUCGUUCGCUUUCUUCUCUAAGCAGUCUAUGUACUAUGGUUAUGGAUGUUCAUGGAAGGUUUAGAACAGAGUCACAUUCAGAGAUAGUUUCUCGUUUCAAUGAACGGUUUUUGCUCUCUCUUGGAUCAUGCAAAGCCUGCCUGGUUAUGGAUGAUGAGCUUAACAUUCUACCAAUCUCAUCACAUAUGAAGUUGACAACUGUGUCUUCCAUUAUCGAGGAGUCUCUCCCGGGAGCAGAGCAAGACUUAUUGAGUUUAAAGGAGCAGCUUCUUGAUGUUUUCCCUGUUGGUCCAUUGGUUGGGAUGUGUACAACAUUUGAUCAGGGUAAAGCAGUUUCUACAUUCCUGGAUGCUAUCUUGGACGAGAAAGUUCAGAGCACUACUGCACUUACUGCAGCACGUGGGCGAGGGAAAUCAGCGGCUCUUGGUUUAGGAAUUGCAGGAGCUAUUGCUGCUGGGUACUCAAAUAUCUUUGUAACUGCUCCUACACCGGAAAAUUUGAAGUCCCUAUUUGAGUUCGUUUGUCGGGGAUUACAGGCGCUGAAAUACAAGGAGCAUUUUGAUUAUGAUUUGCUAAGAAGUAGUAAUCCAGAGUGCCGCAAAGCAGUUAGACAGAUAAAUAUAUACAAGCAGCAUAGACAAACAGUUCAGUAUAUAGAGCCCCACGACCAUUUAAAACUCUCCCAAGUUGAGCUUUUGGUUAUUGAUGAAGCAGCUGCCAUUCCCCUACCACUAGUGCGGUCCUUGCUCGGGCCUUACAUGGUUUUUCUGUCGUCAACAGUGAAUGGAUACGAAGGCACCGGUCGUUCUUUGUCUCUGAAGCUUCUUAGUCAUUUGGAGAAGCAAAGUCAGAUUUCUGGCUCUAAUGAGAGUCAAAAUGGGAGUUUUCGGAAAUUGGAACUUCAGGAGGCCAUCAGAUAUUCUUGUGGGGAUCCUAUAGAGUCUUGGCUCAACCGUCUACUUUGCUUGGAUAUUACAAAUUCGGCCCCUCCAAUCAGCAGGUUUCCUCAUCCCAGUGAAUGCAAUUUGUAUUAUGUUGAAAGAGAUACUCUGUUCUCCUUCCACAAAGAAAGUGAAGUAUUACUGCAGCGGAUGGUUGCUCUUUAUGUUGCAUCUCACUACAAAAAUUCUCCAAAUGACUUACAAUUGAUGGCUGAUGCUCCAGCACACCACCUAUUUGUGUUACUGGGUCCUGUUGAUGAAUCUAAAAAUAUUCUACCAGAUAUCCUUUGUGUAAUUCAAGUCUGCCUGGAGGGACAGAUUUCUCGGGAUUCUGCACUGCAAAGCUUGCGUAUGCGUCGUCAACCUGCUGGGGAUCUACUUCCAUGGAAAAUUAGUGAAGUGUAUAAGGAGACUGAUUUCCCCUCCCUCUCUGGUGUACGUAUUGUAAGAAUAGCCGUGCACCCACUUGCAUUGGGGCAUGGAUAUGGAUCGGCUGCUUUGGAUCAACUCACGAGGUAUUAUGAAGGCCAGUUAACUGAUAUUACUGAAUUAGACAUUAAGAAAGCCGGUGGCGCAAAUGUCCAGGUCAAUGUGGGAGAAGCUGCCAAAGAGGUUUCAUUGCUAGAGGAGACGAUAACUCCAAGGAAGAAUCUACCCCCUCUGCUUGUUCAUCUCUCUGAACGAUUGCCUGAAAGGAUACAUUACAUUGGUGCUUCUUUCGGGCUUGGUGCUGAUCUAUUCCGGUUCUGGAAGAAACAUAAGUUUUAUCCUUUCUACAUCUGUGACCAUCCAAAUAAUGUGACUGGAGAGCAAAGCUGCAUUGUCCUUAAGCCAUUGAACACUUCCGACAUUGAAAACACUGGAAAUGGCCCAGUGGGUUUUCUUACUUCAUUUUAUCAGCGUUUCAAAAGACAGUUUGUGAGAAGUUUGACUGUGCUCUUUAGGGAAUUAGAUUACAAGCUUGUCAUGAGCAUAUUGGAUCCUAAGAUCAACUUCUCUAAAGGUGAACCUUCAGUAUCAUCAAAAGAUACAAUGCUUGUGAAGUCAAUGAUUUCUUCAGAUGAUUUGAAGCAGCUGGAAGCUUACACUAGUUAUCGAGAGGUCAUCCAUCUGGUUCCAGAGCUUGCUAAGUGCUAUUUUGAGGAGAAGCUUCCAGUUACCUUAUCACACCUCGAAGCUUCUGUUUUACUGUGCAUGGGCUUGCAGCUGCAGGAUAUUGCAUAUAUUGAGGGAAGGAUGAAGAUAGAAAAGCAGCAAAUAUUGUCUUUGUUCAGGAAAGUUAUGACGAAAAUCUACAAAUACUUGUAUGAUGUUCUAACGAAAGAUUUUGAGCCAAGUUUGCCUCGAGAAAGGAUGGUUUCAUUGACGCCUCAUAGCAUAUCAGUGGACGAUGAUUUAGAAGAUGGUGCAAAGCAAAUAAUGGAAAAGAUGAAAACCGAAAACGUAGGCCAGUUAAACCCGGAGUUGCUGCAACAAUAUUCUAUUGCAGACCGCGAGGCUGGGUUUGAACAGGCUCUCAGAAGUUGCUCAACAAUAUCUUCCAGUGGCCUUAUUAGUGUAAAGUCCACCAGGGAUAAUGCUGUGAAAAACAACAAAACUGCUGAUAGUAAAAAGAGAAAAGGAAAGGCUACAUGCAAACGUCAUCCAAGCAAGUAGUUGCUGUAGAUGUCUGAUGAGCAUUGCUGUUAAAAUCUACAAGACUGCAGACUGUAUUUACCACACCGGAAUGACUGGAUAGGUUAGAAAGUGCCACACGUCAAAUGAUGGAUGGGUAUCACUCUGCAGGGGCCAUACCCAGUUUUCUUGGAUGGCUAGUUCAUAUUUAUUCUGUGAAUUAACCUAUUGUCCAGGCACAAGGAGAACCCUUGUUUUAAGUUUAUGUUUAUUUAGGGGGGAACCAUUGUUUUAAGUUUAUGUUUAUAUUUUUCUUUUUUUUGCAAUCCAAGAGGGACUUAGGUUCAAUUAAUGGAGAGCUCUUUUGUUGUAGUAAUUACAUAACUUAUGGGUUAAUGCACAUAGUUGUCAAUUGAGAUAGCUCAUUUGUAUAUAUAGCUUGGUGUGCAUUUGCAUCA